CGCUGCAGUUCAUCGUCACGUCCGCAGAAAAUUAAAACGAGGAAGAAGAAGCAGGCGGAAACAUGGCUGCGUUCAGUGCGGCACUGCGAUUAUUUCGUUUUUGUCAUGGAGUGAGAAAUGUUGGUUUUGAUGAUAGAACCGUUUUACGGGGUGUCAAGCGCCUUUUUUGUAGUUUAUCUUCAGUGGACAAAACUGAUGGAGUCAUAAAAAUCGAGUUCAUGGAUGCUGAAGUUCAAGACAUUUUGACAAGAAUCACAGGACUGGAUUUGAAUAAAGUAUUUCGUCCAGUUAAACAGGAGCUAAAACCACCAAAGUAUAAACUUCUGACUGAUUCUCAGCUAGAGGAGGUAGUGCAGAAGGCAGAGCACCAGGCCCAGAGGUUGCUGAAGAUGCCCCCUGUAUUAUCAGAAAGGCAACCUAUCGAGGAUGUCCUGUGUGAAGAUAAGAUUCUGGAGGGCAUGGAUGCUGCCAAAUACGUCUUCACUGACAUCAACUACAACAUCCCACACAGAGAGCGUUUUAUUGUGGUGAGAGAGCCGAGUGGGGUGCUGCGCAAAGCAUCGUGGGAAGAAAGAGACAGACUCAUACAGGUUUACUUCCCCAGGGAGGGUCGCAAGCUUACACCACCACCUAUCUUUAAAGAAGAAAACCUCAAGGUCGAGUUUGGGCAAAACAGACAUGAGGAGGUUCUGAACUACUGCCUGGUCCAGUUUGAACCCGACUCUGCAGAUUUUAAGAGAGUACACACACUGACCUACGAGGACAUCGAGAAACAUGGGAAAUAUGAGCUGCUUAGAUCCACACGUUUAUUUGGAGGUCUUGUGUGGUACCUUGUCAGCAGGCACAGAAUAGAUGGACUGUUGAUGGAUAUGCUGCAGAGAGACCGGCUGCAGGAUGCAGAGAAUUUGGUGCUUCUGUUUAAUCUGCUGUAUCCUCAGAGUGACGUGGCAUUAAAGUGCAAACAACUCACAGGCACCGAUCUGCUCAAGGUUUAUGCUGAUUGUGAGUCUCAGAAGCCUGCAAUAAAGUUGGCUUUGCAGUCGUAUGAACAGGCAAUGGCAGUGAACUCUCCUUAACUGAGGCAUCAUGUGAGACUUUGCUAUGAAUUGUACAAUUAGUCGUUUUGUAAUACAACAGCAAAGAAUAUUGCCAAUUGAUUAUUGUUAUUGUGUAACACUGUGUGUUAAUAAACUAAAUAUCAUA